AUUUAGGGGGAUUCCAAGAUGGCGACCAUUACUUUUGCAAAGAUUUCUGGGUAUGAUACUCCAGGUGGAACCCAAGGUGGCAGCAGACAGUUUGACCUGGUAAGUAUUUUUGGAAUCCUUGCUAUUGUUAUUCAAAUGAAGUAUAUCCAUUGAUUUACCCUAUGGAUUUACAAAGGCUAAUAGUUCAUUGAUAUUCAGGUAGCGGAUAAAUCUUUGUUUUUCUGGUCGUUGAACACAAUGCGCUUGUUGAUUGUUUGUAUUGUUCACAGGAGGAAAAAUUUCCUCCAUGAAGCGUGAGUAAAAGAGUACGAGAGUAUGCAGAGCUUUUUGUUAAAGUCUUUAUAUACUUAGAUAGUGAAACAGCUGAGGAAUAAUGGUUUGACACUUAAGAUAAAUUGUCAUUCGUGUCAUGCAAAGUAAUUCUGUGUAUACGGCUAUUUUGAGAAAGGUUGUCGGAAAAAGUGCACGCAACAAUCGCGAAAGGUAUUGUGGGUGGUUUUGAGUGCACUGUUCUUCAAAGAAGUUUAAAAGAAUGGCACGGGACGUUUGCGAUGUUAUGUUUGCGAUUGCUAAAGGAAAGCAACCAAAGUAGGUUCGACAGCUACAGUCGUUAGGAACGGUGUAUUGAUCAUAUCCCAUAUUACCUUUCGGGAUUGUCGCGUGCACAUUUUUUCCGACAACCUUUCUCGAAAUAACUGUACAUGUAUUUAUUCAUAAAUGAGAAAAGAAAAACAACUAUUUCUGUUUAUCUCUGUGGUCUCUAUUGUACAUUACACAACUUUAAAAUCCACUUAAGAUGUAUAUUUUGAUCGUGUGUCAUAACAACAAGGGAACUGUUAAAUAUUAUUAACAUAAAACACACAGAUAGUCCCUAAGAGGAGUUUACCACAUUUCGCAUUUUGUAGUGAGAGGAUGAACAAUGUUUGUUGGUGAUUUCUUCUUUAAUAUCUAGAACGCAAGUUAAUAUGGUCACCGUGAAAUUAGUAAAGACUUUCUAAAAGAAAUUGGUAUUCAAGCAGUGGGCGAAAUAUUGUAAAAAAAAGCGUCUAUGUUUAUUUGUUGGAACACAAGACGUGUGCAUGCUUUGUCCAUGGUGAGUCAAAUGUAAUUCUAUUUGACAUCUCAAUUUCCUGCAAUCAUUUUUUCCUUCAGGUGUCUUUCUCACCACCCAAAUCUUGUGCAGAAACAGAAAAGGGUGGUUAUUUAACAAUUAGUGAAUGAGGCUGAGUAUCUUAUGAAGAAUUAUGGAGAUCGAGGAGGGUGUUAUGGCCGAGGCGGAUAACACCCUCCGAGAUCUUCAUAUGAUACGAAAGCCGAAUUCAAUAAUUGUUUUAUUAUUCAUUCAAAAUAAUUCCUAGUUUAAAAACAUGGCUAAAACAUGCUUACCUCCAUCGAUCCAUCGAUGUUAAGUUCAUCUUCGAUAGUGCACGUUUAGGUUUGUCCAGCUCCGCAAAUAUUCUCCAAAUAGCAGAUGUCGCCCCCCGAGGGAGGGAGCAAAAUGAGCAGCAGCAAAAAAGCAGUUUAAGUCAAGAAAGAAUGGUAUUUUUGAACGUUCGUAUUUUGUACCUUUUUUUAGCCAUUAAAUAAGACAACUUGUUGAUUUCCUCACAAUUUUACCCUCUGUCUUACAGCAACCCAAGCAGAUGCCUAUUGCCUUGCGGGCGGAUGAUAGACUGUGAUGGAGAUAAUUGCCCACUUAUAUGGUACCAUGCAAACUGUGUUGGUCUCUCGGAAGAAACUAUUCGCGAUGGUUCUUGCUUUUGCGAACAGUGCAAACAUUAGGCGUUGUAAUGCAUUAUCAGUUGCAUUGAAUAUGAAAUGAAAUGUGACUGCCCUAGUCUUUCAAAAAUAUAUUAAAACAGCAGCAAACUGACAUUAAUUGUGGACUCAACUGCGUUGUGAAAUUUUCAUUUUGUAAGGGAAUUUAACAACUCACACUAGGAAACAUUUUCAGUUGCCUCAGGGGGGUGGGGCAAUUCCUGCCAUUUUCCAUAAAAUGGCAUUUGUAGGGUAUUUUUAAGGGUUUGUUCUCUACUCAGAGCCCAGGCCUGCUCAGAACCAAUCCCCACCUAUAUCCCGCAGGGGGGGGGGGGAUGGUCGGGGUUUACUUUGUCUGGUGCAUAACGCCGCGAUAGCGAUGAAUCGAUAAUAAUCGCGACAGUGAAGCGAACUAUCGAUAGUUUCUAGACUUCUAGCAUUUUAACUUCUUUGGAAAAUAAAGAUACCCUUUUUUACCUUUCUUCGAUUCUCAAUGUCACAAUAACGGUCAAAAUAAACUAAAAAGAAUUUACCGUACCUACAUUUGGAUUGUUUUAGCGUCGUGAUUCUCGAACCGUUUUGGGUCAAAUGUUAGAGAGGGGUUAUAUUAAUUGCUGAGGUUCGACCGUUGAAUCAAACAUAGUGGCACUCGAGGGAGUUCAUGUGGUUUCAGUCUUUGUGACGUAGUUGCAUUUCGCGCCAAAACGAAGGACUUUUUUGAAAGUCUACAAAGCACAAAGCAAUGACCACAAUCAGAAGCUAAGGCCCAGCAAAUCAACAGACGUUACAUGACGUCAUCAGCCCUCGUUCAGAUACAAUUUUAAAGUUCAGAAUUGUUAAUGAAACUUAUCUAAGGAUCAAACUCAAAAAAUGUGAAAAAUUGCUAAUCAUUUUCAUGUUGCAGGUUUUUAAAGGCUGCAACCAAGACGCACCUUUGGAUGUGGUACUAAAUCAUUUACCAAUCUCUACUUGGGGUACUAGAGGAGUUCGCUUUUAUGUGCACACGUGGCAUCGCAGGAGUUGCCUCAGGGUUGAGGUUUACGGAUAUGACCCUUUCCGAGGUAAAUGGACUGUCUUUAAAAUUGGAAUAAAAUAUAUGGAUUUAGCCAGGACUAAUAGCGAAGCUCUGGUUAAUAAUACUUAUAAAAUAAAUCGUGUAAUGCUAAGUGGGGAAGGCAAUGAAAAGAGGGUCUCAAUGGGGUGGUGGCAUUCACGGUUGUCGGCUAAAAUUUUGGCUCUUUUACGGCUAUCGGCUAAUUUUUUUCAGUUACGGUUAACAAAAAGUUAAAAAUUAACUUCUUUUGUUUCAAAAAGUUAAAUAUUAAUUAAGAACUAGAAGUCCAAAGAGUACUGCAAAGCUGAUUUCAAACAACGUGUAUUGUUUUUUAUGACAAUAUUUCGGCUAGCCAUACCAGCCUUCUUCAGGUUUACAGAUGUUACUGAACUUAUGUAGCAAUCACAAUAUUAUAUAAAUGGAGAAUGUCGCAAUAAAAGGGAGAGGCGGAAAUGACGUACAACAGAAAAACUGGAAAGGAAAAAUACUAAGGAUAUGGAUUACAAUAAUUCGUCACGGCGGUUUAGGUCAUGAGGUUCAAGAGUCAUGGCCUUAUAUCAAAUGCGACUCCCUGGCCUUACGAACUGAGUCACGUGAAGAAUGAAUUUUCUCUAGUGGGAUUAACUGCAUUUCAGUAUGAGAAUCAGGGGCACCCAACGGCAAUUUUCGGGAAAAUAUCUGUUCGGAAGACGAUUUGAGAUCUAGAAUUUUCGGAGCAUUUGUUGUAAAAUUUCUUGCUUGCCUGCCUCUCCUAAGAUUUUCGAACAUCUACAAAAUGGUAUAAUUACCCAUUUUUAAAGGAUUUUGACCCUAAAAAAGGCCACCUAGAAUUUUCGAGAGCCUUUUCCUGGCUAAAAUUUUCGAGAACGUAAGUUUUUAUCCCUAUAAUUUUCGGAUCACUAGACUACUUUCAGCUAGGAAAUCCGAACAGAUGAAAAGUUUUUAGGGGAUAAAAAUAUGCCUAUAUCUACCGUUUGAAUACUAAAAUACGUUCAACAAUGCUAUGUUAGGUGGUUUUGGACUAUAUCCUCGUUGGGUGCCCCUGUGAGAAUGGUUAGAGUGAGAGAGAAAGUGUUCAGAAACAGUAGUGGGUUUAGAUUUAAUGUUAGUUUUGUCGACCGCACGUCUGCUGUUCGUUAAAUCUGUCCUUGAGACGUCGCUUAGUUUCACCUAUAUAUGGUAAAUUACAACGGUUACAUUGAACCAUGUAGAUCACAUUUUUAGUGUUACGAAUAAUUGGGGAAGUGAUGGAGCGUGUUUCACCUGUAGCGUAAAAGGUAUAGGUAUAACUUGUGAGGCCGUUAGUAAUGUAUGGACAAGUGGCACAAUUCUGUCCACAACGGAAGGAGCCUGGCGGAAAAUGAUCGGUGGAGAUAACGGGUAGUUGUGCUUUAACUAAAAGGUCACGAAGAUUAGAGCUACGUCUGUAAACAACAAAAGGCGGUUGCUUAAAGACGUCUGUUCACCGGUUAGAGGAGUGUAAGAUGUUAAAGUGUUUGCGUAGGAUAUUAGAAAUGCGUGGAAGUGCUGGGUUAUAUGUGACAACAAAUGGUAAAACAUCGUUGGAAGCUUUGGGUUUAGUCUGUAACGCGUUAAUACGAGAAAUAUUAGCAGCGCGUAGGACCUGUUUUUCUAGGAAAUUAUUAUUAUAACCACGAGCAAGGAGAUAUGUUUUAAGUUCAUUAAUGCGAUGUUUAAACUUAGCGUCUGUAGAUACGGCGGAGGCGCAGGGCUAAGCUGAACGGAAUGGCUUUCUUAGUGUGGUGAGGAUGGCAUGAUGAGCUGAGAAGGUGCUGAUGCCCGGGGGGGUACUCCCAUACAUUACCCAUAUCGGUAUGUAAGCAAAGCACACACGCGAACGCCUAACUCAAGGCCGGGGCGCGACAUUCAUUACAACAGAAAUGGCCGUUUUCACACUAGAGACGGAUUAUUCGUGUGAGACGGGUUAUCCGUUUGACGAUUCGCGUCAGAUAGGUAAUACGUCUUAAUUUGAAAAUGGUAUAGUUUUAAUUUUGCGUGAACAAUCCGCCUGACUUUAUCCUUCAACUUCGACGGACAGUUUGAAGACGGGAUUAUCCGUUUCAGAUAGCCUGUGUACAGCCGCCCAUUCCCCUCAGAAAAAAAAUCGAGAGGGGUGUCUUUCGGGAAGGGGGCGACUGUACACAGGCUAGUCUCAGACGGAUAAUCCGUUUCUAGCUCUAGUGUGAAAACGGCCAAUAACAAAAUUCCCGUGUCCAGUGUUUUUAAUGGUAGCGAAGGACUGUACGGAACCACUGUCAGCCGUUUUGCCUUGUCCGUAGGCCUCAUUAGGGCCAUUUAUACGAGGAAAAAUAAGACGCGUCUUAAAUAAGACACGAACUAUACCAUUUAUACGAGCAUGUCUUAUCUAAUAAGACGCGUCUUAGCUAAGCCGCGUCUUAUUUUAGACGAAAUGUACCGUUUAUACGGAAAGUUCGCGUCUUAUUUAAGGCGUACGAUCACGUGAUUACCAAAUUUUCUUACCCAUGGUGCUCCGCUAUCACAAAACCAGUACUUUUUCUCAACUUUUUUAUAGCCAUAAAAUGCAUCUGUUAGCCCUAGGGACUUUUUACCUACGAAAAUGACAGAUUUCCCUACCCUCACUAUCGUACCCAGCGUCUUCGUUCCCCUUAACCAGCGGUCGGGAAAUUAAUUGCCCUACCCUUUCAUAUACUUCAACAAGUGAAAUCACUACCCCCCUUUCAAAUAUCCGAGGCAUGAAAAAGGUACCUGUUUGGGGCGGAGCCUCCCCUUAUGGGCCAUUAUUUGGAGUACCAACCACAUAACUUUAACUUAUUAUUGUCAUGGUUAACAUGUUCGUAGUAUGCACAGACAGGUGAUAAACAUUUUUCAUUACUAAAAAUUAGCAGGCAAUAUUUUGAACCAUGAAGACCAGCAUUUGUGUAGCGGUGAAGGGUUAGUGAUAGGAUCAUAUGCUUCGCCUCACAUUAGAACAUGUUGGUGCAGAAGAGGUUAUGAAGGAGACGGCUUUUUCUGUGAAGGUAUUGUUAUGGUUAUAUUUCCGGAAAACCUUUCCGUGUAGUUCAAAAGGGGGAUAAAACCCGCAAGUGAAACGUCCGGGGAAGUAGUAGUUGUUGUUUUUUUUACAGCGCGUCCCGGUCAAAAAAUGGGGAAAGAAUUGCAUUAUUAAGAGUCCAAAUUCCAAUUUCAAAUGAGAAGAUUGCAAAUCUUUCAAACCAAAGCACUGAGUUCAUACGUGAAAUGCGAAACCGUUGGCAGCUGUAAGCUUCAGUCGUAUGUGCUAAGGUUUUUUUUUUCUUAAUUAAAUUUUCAGGAAUGUUUCUCGCUCAGAAACAGCUCACCACUUUUUGGAGUUUUAUAACUGCAGAGUUUGUUCUUAAUGGGAAUUUUUUUUCCAAAGUCGUUCACGGGAGCAUUUUCCUCCAAUAGCUGCCUCAAUGUUGGCGAAGUUUGAGCGAAAUCUAUGAGAGCGUUAUGGAGAUAUUUUAGGAUGGAGUUUUCAGUGUAACACUGGAUAAUCUUGAUGUUCGGCCAUUACGUUUAGUAAACGAAACGCUUUUAAAAUGCAAUUUUAACUCAUGACAGUUGCAUUCACUUUUAAAACGCGUUUGAAAGGAUCACGGGAAUAGCUUUAGCCGAUCGAUCCGCAUUGGUGGUGCUCAUUUAAAAAUAGAUUGCACGUGCCGUGUACGCAAAUUUACGUAUUAAAGGUGAUACAUUGCACAUGCAAAGAGCAAAAGAUAUUACAAAUGUGGGGUUUACGAAGUUUAUGUAGCACCACCCAAACGGGAAUGUAGGGCUUGUUUACAUGGAGGUGGGGGACCCCAGGUAGGUGAGGUAACCCGCUUUGAUGGGUAACCCGCCUGUCCACAUAAUCUCUCAUUUUAACUUGAUCACGUUUACAUGGUAAUCUGGGGUCCCACACCUCCAUGUAAACAGGCCCUUAAAGAAUAUAUGGUGUUUUCCGCUUUGGACAAUAGUCCACUUUACAAUUACAGGUGGAAACGAGACUGAAGUUGACUGUUUUUAUUGUAUAAAUCACGUUGUUCAUAAAUUAUGUUAACUAAGUAUUUUGAAGAGCAUAAUUUCCAAAAGAAAAGGAAGACUUGUUUGUAUCAAAACGAGGUCAACCUCCCUCACUACUUUCACUCAAAGGCUAGAAUAAUAAGCCCACAACUGUAACAUGGUCUCUUGUCCAACAAUUUUACAGAUGUGGACGAAUGUAGCGUUGGUGACAAUGUGUGUGGAUCGCCGGACCGUCUGUGCAAAAAUGUCCCAGGAUCAUUCGUCUGCGAGUGUCAACAAGGCACGACUCGAGAUGGAAACCAAUGUAAAGGUACUAAUUGAACUAAUGAUAACAUAUAUGCACCAUUUUAAAGAAUGUCAGUGAAAUUUAAGAAGCGGUAAAUGGUUUUACAAAUUACCCCAUGGGCCUUUUGAGACUUCUCAUCUGAUCUUGAAAUCUUGGAAGGAUUUUUGAGAGUUAUAUUACGUAUUAUUACAAAGGAAAAACUUAGAGAGCAAAGAAAAGAAAGUGUGGAAAAUUGACCCCUUAUCAUCAAGAUCAACUCGAUCACUAUGUAAGAGAACCAGUUUCGGAAUACAGUCAACUCUUUCUAAGUCGGACACCUUUGGGGCCGGUACUAAGUGUCUGUCUAAGAGAGAUGUCCGUCUUAUAGAGAGUCAAAUAAAGGGAGUAAAGAAAGGCAGGGACCAACUCUAGGUGUCCGUUUUACAGAGGUGUUCGUUUUACAGAGGUGUCCGUUAAGAGAGAGUCGACUGUAAUAGAAACUAAAAGCCUCCAGUACAGCCGUCAUUGAUGCGUAAUGUGUGCGUCAUUUUCAGAUAUUGAUGAAUGUGCCAACCCAAGAGAUGUGUGCCCAUACUUGACAGAGUGCAUUAACACAGUGGGUUCAUAUAUCUGUGACUGUAAAGAGGCAGGCUUCAAAGCAGAUGGAAAACAAUGUCUAGGUACACUUUGCAUUAAAUAUCAAAGCAACAGAAUAUUGCAUGUUGUGAUAGGGCCAGACGGUAAAUUGCAAAUUACCUCACUACCUGUUGCCUAGGUAAACGUCCUCCAACACGUAGAAGACCUCACACUACUUUAAUUUUGGUGCAGUUUCUCCCUAAUUUGAAUGACAACCACAACAACGGGUAAUAUGUGCCCUUCUCUUUCAGAACAGUGUGUGGGUUUCUUUAAAAGUCCCACAUAUUUCUUUUAUACGAGCAAGGGUUGUGAGAAGGGGCUUAUUGUUUAUCGUCCUUAUCCGAGAAGACAAGAAAGUCUAUAAAUAAUUGGCAUACUUCACUCCAAGGGUAGCACUUUCUCCACAGUUUUUAAAGCCACUGAGUGUUGGUAUGGCCAAGGUUGAGCCCGCUACACCCCUCUCGGCAGACCAGCACUUAACCAACUGAGCGAACCAGGCAGCAGUUCUGUCAGUCCGUAAAGUUAUUUGCUUUUCUUUUCUCACCGUUUAGACAUUGAUGAAUGCAAGAUCGGCAGCCAUAAUUGUGAGGAGAACUCCACCUGUGUAAAUGCUUUUGGUUCAUAUGCUUGUUUCUGUAAUGUGGGAUUCACAGAAUCGUAUUCACUGGAAGGGAAACUACAGUGUGUAGGUGUGUCACUUAUGCCUUUUGCUAUGUUGCAGCCAGUGCUGUCCCUUAUAGGGAGACAUUUCAUCAGGUGCUAACAGAUGCAUCUUGGCCUAAUAAAUGUGAAUGUUUUGUUUAGAGUAUGGAAACGAGUGUUUACCAGAAUAUGACAAGCAAAUAAAUGUAACAUAGCUUAUAAUUGCGCCAACUGGCAGAGGGUCAUUAACCAUGGACAAAGUGUUAAACCGAGGACCAACGAAAAAAACCCUAUCUAACAAUGAGAGCGGGACUUCAAACCUUGAUUUCAUUACCAGUUAGAUUCACUGAUCACUCUGCAAUGCUGCUAUCCUCAUAAGCAGACGUUCUUUUGGCCCGUCACGCAAUUCCCUCUAACAUUCGUAGGUGAAGGAUCGCGUUGUGGGAGGCUACCAUGCUGCCUCCUACUUUCGUUCAAGUUCUUUCAUUCGUUUUUUUUUUUCAUUACCUUUUCAACGCACAUAUAACUUUACAACUGCUUCUGGCUACAAACAGUACCAGCCAUUACGUAUUACUGACAAUACCAUGAAAAAAAACUGAAACUACACUCCAGUCACCGUCACAAUAUUCCGGGCGAUUUAAAUCCUGUUUUACCAACACACCAACUCGCUAGAUAAUUGCUUUGUUAUCCAUAAAUGAACUUUACCCUUAACUUUACGACUUUGAACACUAAGGUUUACGUGUUGUCUUGUAGACGUUGAUGAGUGCCAGAGAAAGACUAAAAGGUGUGGCAGCAAUGGAAAGUGUGUGAACACUAUAGGCUCGUACUUUUGUCUCUGUAAACACGGAUAUGCAGCCAAAGGCUUAAAGUGCCAAGGUAAUACUUAACUCAUGUUGCAUAGAUCACCUAAAGGGCCAAGUUGAACGCGACAUGCACAACUACUGCCAAAAGGGAACAUACGCUAUUUAGGCCAUAAUUUAUUUAUUGCGUUCGACGAAGGAGAACGCUUACCUUUCGAAUCCUGCGGGAGAUCCCGCGGGUAUCGUUCUGGACAUCAUAGUUCUUUCUCCUUUUCUUCUAGUUUUAUGUAAACGUUUACGUCAGUUAAUUGCACGUGGCAGUGACCAAAUCGAAGGUCUAAGCUAUACUGGACAUUGCCCAUAUUUUAUCUUUCAACAUUUAAUGUAAUUUGUUUUCCCUUUUUUCUGUUUUUAUAAUAUAUUGUAAUGUAUAUCUAGUAAAAUCCAGCAACAGUGCAGAAAAUAGAACAAUCUGAGUUUCUGAGGUUGUCACUAACUUGUUUUGUUUGUCACUGUGUUUGCAUUUGCUUUAAUAAUUUACAGACUUAGACGAAUGUGCUACAGAUCCUGAAGCGUGUGAACAGGAUUCGCUGUGUGUUAACCUGCCUGGUUCAUAUGCUUGUCAGUGUAAACUGGGAUAUCACCUCACGGAUAACUCAUGUCAUGGUAACGACUUAAAUCCUUCCAAAGUACUCUACUCUGACAUUGUUUAAAUCCUAAAGGCGUGUGAACAGGAUUCGCUAUGUGUUACCCUGCCUGGUUCACGUGCUUGUCAGUGUAAACUGUAUAAGGUCACAGUACAUUUGGAGCCUAGCAUGUACCAAAAGCAAUACAGUCCAGUCAAAUCUUUACCUAAGACCAGUUAUUUUUCUGUCAAAGCACUGUAACUAUAACCUCUCGUAAGCCACAGUUUCAAAUGUAAUGAGUAAUGUUAUUCCAUAAAUCGUCUUUUAUGUGUAUUUUUUUGUCUUUAAUCCUGUAUUGUUUUUCAUUAUUAAUUUAGCGGCAGUCAGCUUGAUAAUUUUGAUGCAAAUGCUAUUUUAGAAAUUCGAGAUUACGAAGCUUAUGUUGUGAGCAACCAGCAAAUUAUUGCAUUAUGGGUAAUUUAUACGGCAGGUUUAACAGGUGCCUAACAUAAAGUUCGUAAAAUAGUCAUUUAUAAACUACUUCAAUUCUGAUGAUUACGUAGUUGUUCAUGAUAUUGUGAAAACUGUGGAAUGGAGCAAUUGUCAGCGUUAAGUUGCGGCAGCUAGUAAAAAACCAGCUACUUUGAGGUUUGAGCCGGGGAAACAGGGUAAAGAGAAAAAGUGAAAGCCUGAAAUUGCCUGCAGCACUCAGUUGACAAGCCGCCUACAUUUACAUCCUAGCUGUCUACUUUAAAACUUAGUGAGAACUCUCACUGUACAUAACAUUCACAUAGGAUCACUCCUGCACUAUCACCUUUUGACUCUAGAACUCAAGAACUUUGGUUUUCUAACUGUUUAUUCAACAGAUGUAAACGAGUGUCAGCAGAAUUUCGCUGAGUGCCAUCACUGGGCUGACUGCUACAACACCGAUGGCUCUUAUCUCUGUGUUUGUAAGAAGGGAUUUUACGGAGAUGGCUUCUACUGUUCAAGUAAGUUUGCUUUCAGCUAUUUUCACGAAUACAAAUACUUUCAGAGUUCCCGACAAACAAUUUAACGAUAGUUUACUUGAGUUAUAGACAAUGAAAGAUUCUUGUCUCUUCGUGAUUAAAAAUUUAAUUUCUUGGAUAAUGUGGCGAUGGUUUGGGAAACGCAUUGCGCCAUCAACACUUCUUUCCCAUGGUCCAUAUAAAACAAAUGGAUGUCUCUGGCACCCAGGGUAGACUUGGCGUGCCCACGUGUUGCUUUCACUUUGCGGUAAUGAUACAUUUAGGUUAAAAUUGUACUUGCAUAGUGCAUGAAAAAAGCAGUGACGGAGUGUCUGGGAUUUCCGUUCGAAGUCUGCGAUUAAAAAAUUCACGUUCACUUAUGAAGAGCACUGGGUUUUGUUGUUGAAAUAGUGGAUCAUUAACUGGAUAAACCUUUUUUUACAGGAAAAGAACAGUGUUCAAAAGAAGACGAGGAGUGCAAUGCGGCGUUAAAACGACAAGAAAAAAGAACUGGUGUAAAGACUGCAGCACUAAAGAUGAGCAGCGGACAAGAUGAACUAAAACAAAGAAGGCUGUUCAAAGCACUUCUUGUCAUGGUUGUUAUCAAACUACUAUGUUAA